AGUCCCUUAUUUCUCUCUCAUCUCGACGUAUAUAUAUAUAGUUGUCACAUUCUCAUCAACAACAUAGACGCUACUUCUACUUCCGUUUUCUCUCUGAUAUACCUACUUUCACUUCAACCUUCAAGCUAUGGGAAAUUACGCUUCCUGCACUCUGUCCGGCCCCGUGAGCAAGAGUUUCAUCAGGGCCACCAAGGUGAUUUUUCCCUCCGGUGAAGUCCGCCGGAUGUACCACCCCACCAAGGCGGCGGAGCUUAUGCUGGAGGUGCCCGGGUUUUUCCUUUCGGAGGCCAAGUGUUUGCGAAUCGGGAAGAGGCUUGCUGCUCUGGCUGCGGAUGAAGACCUGGAGAUCGGCGGAGUCUACGUGUUUUUCCCGAUGAAGCGGCUGAACUCGGCUGUGACGGCGGGGGACAUGGGGGCGCUAUUCAUGGCGGCGAAUUCCGCCGCCAGGAGGGUGUCGAGGGUCUUGCCGGAGAGCGGUGGGGAUGUGGAGGUUGUGCGGAGUGGUGGGAAAUGUGCGGCCACGGGAAAGCUGAAUUUGGAUGAGAUUGAGGAGUUCUCGACGCCGGAGUUCAAGCACAGAUUGUCUAUGUGCAGGUCCAAGAAACCGUUGCUGGAGACCAUUGUUGAGGAGCCAGUCUGCUUGAGAUGAUGAGUGGUGAUGGGAAAUGACGGUCGUGAUUUCACACUUGUUUAAAGAUUACUCUUUCAAGUUUUGGCAAAGAGUUUCCUUUUUCCCUUUUUCCUAUUAUUUUUGGUAGGGUAUGUGAGUACUAUAAGGAAUUUCAUUUUACUAUGAUUUAAAAUGAUAAUAAUUGUAUAUACUUACAAUCUA